AUGGCUGAAAUAGAUACUCUUCAAAUAUCAGAAAAUUUAAAUAAUAAUUAUGAUCAUUGUGCAUCAUCAGCAAGUAUUAACAGUAGUCGAAAUUUACUGAUACCGGAACGAAAUUCCAAUGAACAAAUACCACAAAUGUAUUGUUUAAGAUUAAAUGAUGAUAAACAAACAACAUCAUAUGAUCAACGAAAAUUAUCUUCACUAAAAAUCGAUGGAAAUUUUCAUUUAUCGCCUAUUCAACCUGAGUUAUAUCAUUUGAAAGUUGGAGAAAAUAAUACUGAAAAUAAAAAUUAUCGUUCAUCAUUAGUAAUGAUUAGUGAAAAACGAAAAUCAUCAAUACCAUAUCAAUCUUUAAAUGAACAAAAACCAGAAGUUUAUUAUAUAAGUAAAGGAGAUGAAAAAACAUCUGAAUACAAUAAACAAUUACCAUUUCCGAACAAUAUUCGUCAACAAAAUAAUUUAAAUGAUACUAUAAUACAUCCGAAUAGUUCAUCUAAAGAGAAAGUUAUAACAUAUAUGAUAGCAACAUCCGAAGAAGAUGAGUUUCAAUCAUCUAUUCAACAUACUUCAUCAUCUCCUAUACAUCCAAGUAAGAAAAAACAAACUGUGUCAUUUGACAUUAAUGAUGAUAAUGAUAAAUAUAGUUUAUCAAAUAAACAAAAUGGUUUUCCAAUAGAAACACAUGAUAUAUCAACAAAUAUUUGUUAUAUACCAUUAUCAUAA